AUGUACUUGUCCAACUUUGCAAAUCUGACCAAGGGUAAGCGCGAGCAUGGCAUACGCGCUCUAAGAAACAGUGUUUCCGACCGAAUCAAUGGAUUCCGUGUAAGCCAUGGCCCGAUUUCAAGUGGGAUCUUCCCCCAAGAUAUUCGCGAAGCCCGCGAGUGGGAAAAGAUGGAGCAGGCAGCUAACCGUGGUGCCAAAACUGCUCCGGAUGACCAACCAGACCUGAUAAAAGAAGUCCGUGAAAUCAUGCGAAAGCUCAAACCCAACAAAGUCAAGCUCGACGCAGAGGAACUUCUUCUCACCAUCAAGGACUGUACUUCACUCAAAGUGGAUUUUGAGUAUAGUGCCUCUCACAAGUCUCUAGACGCAUACAAGCUGAGUGAGAAGAUAUGGCGGCGCCUCAAAAACGCCAGGAGGCUUAGGGAUGAUUUCCUUGAAAAACUGCGAUGCCAGGUUGAGAAGGUGCAACGCCGAAUGAAGGAGGAUGAGCUGAUCAAACAGGAACACUGCGAUAAGCUGAUUUCGCUUUUGCGCGACGUGCUCAUCUAUGAGUCCAAAGUUCGGGAGUUGAGGGUUCUGAAAGCCUUUUCUAGGUACAGACUGUAA